AUGGCUGACGCUCCCGCUCCUGGGGCUAGCAAACCCGCUGAGCAGCCCGCUGCUGCUGCCGCUGCUGCCUCUGCCGGCGGUGAGGAGGCUGGCGAGGCCGGCCCCUCGAAAAAGGCCCUGAAAAAGGCCGAAGCCAAGGCCAAGAAGGAAGCUGAAAAGGCGCGUCGCGCGGCCGAGCACCAGGCCAGCCAGGCCGCCGCCAAGGCCGCCGCCGGCAACACGGAGGACCUGGCCAAGGACAGCUACGGCCCGGUGCUGCCCGCGACCAAGGUCGAGAGCCCCCGCGUCAACCUCAAAAACGUCGACGAGUCGCUGCUGGGCAAGCCAAUCAAGCUGCGGGCGUGGAUCCAAAACUCGCGCAUGCAGGGCGCCAAGAUGGCGUUUGUCGAGCUGCGCGAGGAGCGCGACUGGGCGAUCCAGGGCGUGGUGGCGGCGUCGCCCGAGGGCUUGCCCGUCAGCAAGCAAAUGGUCAAGUGGAUCGGCGGGCUCAACCUCGAGAGCUUUGUGCUCGUCGAGGGCCGCAUCGAGAAGCCGCUCGAGCCCGUCAAGAGCGUGCGCGUCUCCAACUAUGAAUUGCACAUUACAAAGUGCUACCUGGUCGCCAAGGGGCCCGAGGUGCUGGGCAUGGGCCUCGCCGUGUCGAACCGCCCCGUCGCCAACUUUGACGAUGAGGAGCCUGCGUCCGGCGCGGCUGCCGAUGCGGCCGUUGAAGAGGCCACAAAGGCUGUCGAGGCGGCGUCGCUGGAGCCGGGUGCGGUGCUGCCGAGUGCCUCCAUGGCGACCCAUCUCAACAACCCGGCCAUGCACAAGCGCUCGCCCGUACAGCAGGCCAUUGCUGAUGUGCGCAUGACUACCAGAAAGCUCUUCGCCGAGUAUCUCGACUCGCAGGGUUUCAAUCAGUUUGAGCCUCCGUGCCUGAUUGGUGCCGCUUCCGAGGGCGGCUCCAACGUCUUUGGCCUGCCCUACUUUGACAAGCAGGCGUUUCUGGCGCAGUCACCCCAGUUCUACAAGCAGAUUGAAAUUGCUGGUGGUCGCAAGCGUGUCUACUGUAUCGGCCCCGUGUUCCGUGCUGAAAAUUCAAACACGCCCCGCCACAUGACCGAGUUUACUGGUCUAGAUUUGGAAAUGGAAAUCGAAGAGGAUUACACCGAGGUCCGUGACAUGCUCGAGACUACUCUUCUGUACAUUUUCCGCGGUCUCAACGAGCGCUGCGCCGAGCAAAUUGCCCUGAUCCGCACCGUCUAUCCCUCGGAGGAGUUUCUGCUGCCGCAGCCUGGCAAGGAGGUGCGCCUCACGUUUGCCGAGGGCCAGGCUCUGCUCCGCGCCGAAGGCCCCGAGGAGUACCGCAACGUGUCCGACGACGAGGACAUGUCGACGCCGCAAGAAAAGGCGCUGGGCGCGCUGAUUCGCGAAAAGUACCAGACCGACUUUUACAUCCUCGACAAGUUCCCCGAGGAGGCGCGGCCGUUUUACGCGCUCGAGGACCCGGUCAACCCCAAGGUGACCAACGCGUAUGACUUUUUCAUGCGCGGUCAGGAGAUUCUGUCUGGCGGGCAGCGUAUCCACGACCCGGAGACGCUUGUGGCGCGCAUCAAGAAGAAGGGCGUCGACCCGGACAGCCCGGGCAUCAAGGAGUACGUCGACGUCUUUCGAAGCGCGGGUGUGCCUCCGCACGGCGGCGGUGGUAUUGGUCUCGAUCGUGUCGUGGCUUGGUAUCUUAAUCUGCCCAGCGUGCACUUGUGCAGUUACUACCCACGCACGCCGAAGCGUUUGACGCCGUGA